CGCUUACGUCAUGUCGAUGCACCAACAAUCGCGAGAUUUGGAGCGAAUAUAAACAGUCGCCCACACCUCGGUUUUAUUAGUUCGCGGACUAAAAACGAAAUAUAGUUGGGAUUUUACGCUUUUAAUACAUUGGUCUUGAGCAGAAAUGGUGAACGUUGAAGUUAUCUCAAACCAGAAUGUGGUGGAGAGGGUGAGCAGCCUUCCUCUGGUCAGUUCCACCUACAGCCUGGUGUUCAGUGUGUAUUCCAGCACCAAAGACAACCACCCUUACAUCCGGACAGUGUGUGAGGCCGCGGAGCAGGGAGUCCGCACCAUCACCUCUGUGGCCCUCACGACCGCCUCACCCAUCAUGGACAAGCUGGAGCCCCAGAUUGCCAUCGCCAAUGAUUUGGCGUGCAAAGGUCUGGACAGGAUUGAAAAAACCCUCCCAAUUCUUCACCAGCCUUCUGAGCAAGUUGUUUCCAGUGCCAAGGGUGUGGUAACCUCUGCUAAAGAUGCUGUGACCGGCAGAGUGUCGGGUGCCAAGGACUCGGUCUCUGGGACUCUGAGCAGUGUUGUGCAGAGGACUCGGGGCGCUGUGCAGGAUGGCGUGGAGAAGACCAAGGCAGUUGUCAGCGGUGGUGUGAGCACGGUGCUGGAGAGCAGAGUGGUGCAGCUGGUCAGCAGCGGAAUGGACACCGCCCUCAGCACAUCUGAGAAUCUGGUGGAGCAUUAUCUGCCUCUCACUGAGGAAGAAAUGGAGCUGGAGGCAACAACUGUGAGCAGCUCUGAUGUUAACGAGCAAAGCUACUACGUCCGCCUGGGCUCCCUCUCUACCAAGCUCCGAAAGAGAGCAUACACUCGAGCCGUUGCCAGAAUUCAGCACGGCAGGCAGAGAAGCAUGAGGUUCAUUUCUGAGCUCAACUCCACUGCUGACCUGAUUGAAUACAGCAGAAAGAACAUCGACAGCGCAAACCAGAUGGUGAACAACAAGCUGAACUCUUUGGUACCAUGGAAAUCCAAAGAGUUGGUCCAAGAGAAUGGCCACCAGGCGGAGAUGAUCGAGUCUCGCACUUUGGCUCUGGCACGCUCCCUCACCCAGCAGCUUCAGACCACAUGCCUGGUCCUCGUUUCUGGCAUGCAGGGUCUCCCCAAUCACAUCCAGCAGGAGGCGCUGUCCCUCACCCACUCAGCCGCUCAGGUCUACAACAGUUUCAGCAAAGCAGCAGCACUGGGAGACCUGCCAGACACAGUGUUAGCCAGCAGCAAAGUCCAGAUGAGCAGAAUGAAAGACUCCCUCGACGACAUCAUGGAUUACCUGGUCAACAACACGCCGCUCAACUGGUUAGUCGGUCCCUUCUACCCUCGCCUGACCUCGCCACCCAGCCAGUUUGAAGCCUCUGCUGGGAGGAGCACCCCACCUGCGUCGCCAAAGCCUGCACUUACUCAGCCCCCCAUGGAGAUGCAGCCGCUCCUUCAGCAGCAGCCCUCUCCUCCAGCUUCUGAGUAACAGCCAACAGAGACGGACAGCAUUUUCAUUUGUAACCUUUAUCGUUUUAUUCUAUAGAAGCAGAUGUUUUCAACAUUUGUAAGCUUUGUUAUUGUCCCCAAUGACAAAUGUGAGCUUUUAGGAUCAGUUAAAAACACAUAAUAUUGAAUCUGAUCACAUAAUAUCAAACAAUAACGGGGACAAAGUACAACACAUUUAAGAAUUUUAUUCAAUUGUUAUAGUUUAACAAGUUAAAAAAAACACCAAUAAGACAAAUAUUACAGUCUGUAAAACAUAAUUCAGUAGAAACAGAAAAUCCAUGGUCCAUCUCUGCUCAUCGCUGACAGCGACUUUGCUGUGAAAGAUACUCCAUCAGACCCUAAAAACAGUUUAAAAAAAGGAAACUAAUGCACUGAACCAAAUUUAACUUUUUUUUUUUUAAGUUGUGAAUGAAAAAUUAGUUGUUACCGCAAGUUUCUGAAUUUGACACCAGGCAACAUCAUCCAGUAACUCCCAGUUAAUUUUAUCCUUUGUCUCUUCAGAAAAGCUGACAGUCUACGAAUAAAAGACAGCUGAGAUCA